CUUAUCAGCUGUUCGCGAGGUGCUUGUGUUGGCUUUGUCUGCUGUGUUUUUGUUAGUCGUGCACGUUUGGUUGUAAUUUAUUUAUUAGUAUAAUUUAGUAAAAGUAACACGAAGAAUGUUAUUUCCUUUAAGAAUUUUAACAAAUUCAAAGCAGUUAUUUAUGCAAAAUGUACGAACCACAAAAUUUCUGCCAAUUUAUGCUAAAUUAUAUGCGACAAACACGAGAGUAGCAGAUGGAAACAUCACAAUUGGUGAUGUAACUUGUGAUUUGAAGGCGCCCGCCAAUCCGGAACUAGUACCGCAGAAAUAUAUACAAUAUGGCGAAGAUGGUACAUUACAGUUGACACAAUCCGCAUUGCAUCAUUUACGUUGGAUGCUGCAGAAAGAUUCGCUGAAACAGGAUAUGUUUCUGCUAGGACAACCUGGACCAUUACGACGCCAGCUAGCUAUGCAGUUUUUGGAGUUGACACAGCGUGAGUUGGAGUAUAUUGCACUUAGCAGGGAUACCACAGAAAGUGAUUUGAAACAACGACGCGAAAUAAAGGAUAAAGCUGCAAUUUACUAUGAUCAGUGCGCGGUGCGUGCUGCAGUCAAUGGACGUGUGUUGGUGCUGGAUGGUGUGGAACAUGCUGAACGCAAUGUUUUACCAAUAUUAAAUAAUUUAUUAGAAAAUCGUGAAAUGCAUUUGGAAAAUGGUAAAUUCCUAAUGGCACCCGAACGUUAUGAUAAAUUGUUAGAGUCUUACACUAAGGAUCAGCUAGAUAAUUGGGGAUUGUUACGUGUCUCUGAAGAUUUUCGUGUUGUCGCCUUGGGCUUACCAACGCAUAAAUAUAAAGGCACACCGCUGGAUCCACCUUUCAGAUCACGUUUUCAAUCACGUAAUGUGUCACAUUAUGCCUUCGAUGAGAUGUUGAUUGAUUUGCAACAACUCGCGCCUGAAGUGCCUUUGGAUAAUUUAAAAAAAUUAAUUUCCUUUGGUUUGGGAGUGCAAUCGGCUGACAGUUCCAUAAAUUUACCAGAUUUUCCUUUAGACAAUUUGCAGUUAGUAGCAAGAAUAAUGAACGCUAACCCUAAGAUCAGUGUACAUGAUGCAAUUAAACAUGUUUAUCCGUACCAAACUACAUUAAAGAAAGAAGCGAUUGUUCGUAUAAAAGAUCUGUUAACAUCAUUUGAAAUAAAUUCUUUACCAGCAGAACCGAUUAAAAAAAUUAAUGCAACAAAAGUAGCUGAAGAUAGUAAUAUUGUGCAAUUUAAUAUUGACAAUGUAGCAAUAAAAAUAGCUGGGGGCGAGCGUCUCACGUCAGCAGAAAAAACGAAAAACUUUGUUGACUUAGCACAUCAACGAAAUAUAUUAGCUACUAUGAUACAAAGUUUUGCUGUGGGUGAUAUUUGUCUAAUCGGUCAGAAAGGUGUUGGUAAGUCCACACUUACGAAUCAUCUACUGCAUCUACUUAAUCAAAGCGUGGAGCCCAUGGUACUCUAUGAGGAUAUGACAUCUCGUGAUUUAGUGCAACAACGCAUUACAACAGUUGAAGGUGAUACUAUUUGGCGAGAUUCACCACUUGUGCGUGCUGCCAAAAACGGUUCAGUCGCAAUAUUAAAUGGUAUACAUCAUUUGCAUAAGAGCACAGCUACUGUUCUUCAAAGAUUAGUACACGAUCGUGAACUGCAAUUGUGUGAUGGCACACUUUUAUUAAGUCAUGAUCGUUAUGAUGCACUGCUCCAACAAGGCAACACAAAAUUGCAAUUAGCCGAAAAAGGCAUAUUAAAAAUACAUGAAUCUUUUCGUGUUAUUGCUCUGGCAGAACCACCAAAUCCCAAUUCACCUAAACAAAAUUGGCUAACACCUGAAAUGUUGAGUCUUUUCUUAUUUGUGGAAGUACGACCGCUGAAACAAUCCGAAGAAUUUGAAAUAAUUAACAAACUCUACAGCAAUGUAGACGAUAGCAUAAGUAAAAUAAUUAAUUUAUCACAUAAUUUACGUGAAUCAACUGAUGCUACCUUGGAAAGCUUGGCAGCGACAUUAUCAACACGUCAAUUAUUGAAAAUAGCACGUCGUAUGGCUGCAUAUCCUAGCAAUAACAAAACGAGUCCACUUAAUUCAGACUAUGACAUCAUACAGAAUACAUUUUUAGCCAAAUUUAUGCCUGCUCUACCGCGUGCUGCUCUGGAAGAUGCUAUACAACACGCUGGCAUCAUACAAACUAGAAGCCAUGGUGGUGCGCGACGUACGAUUUCGAUUGCAGGUGACGUAUUGAAAAUCGGUGAUACAGAGAUGAAGCUAAUGGCAACCGAUGAGCAAACUAAAGUUCCAAGCACACUUUUCUAUGAAAUGCCACAACAUGUGGAGCUCUUAGAGCGUCUAAUGCAGGACUUCUUGAUUGGUGACCAUCUUUUAUUGGUAGGUAAUCAAGGUGUAGGCAAGAAUAAACUGAUUGAUAAGUUGCUACAAUUGAUGAAUAAACCGCGUGAAUAUUUACAAUUACAUCGUGACACGACUGUGCAUAGUCUAACUGUGCAGUCUACACUACGUGAUGGUCAGGUAGUCUACGAAGAUAGUCCGCUUGUUAAGGCUGUUAAAAGUGGUCACAUACUUGUCAUAGAUGAAGCAGACAAAGCGCCAGUUAAUGUUACUUGCAUACUACGUACACUUGUUGAAAAUGGCGAAAUGACAUUAUCUGAUGGACGUAAAAUAGUAGCUUCUGGUGAUGGUGAAGCGGCGAGGGCUGAGAAUGCAGCACAAGAAAUCAUUGAAACUCAUCCUAAUUUCCGUGUUAUUGUUUUGGCGAAUCGUCCAGGUUUUCCAUUCUUAGGAAAUGAUUUCUUUGCAUCUCUGGGCGAUGUAUUCAGUUGCCAUGCUGUAGAUAAUCCUUCACCAGAUUCUGAAAUUUAUUUGCUGCAGCAAUAUGGUCCGUCUGUACCUAGAAAAACAUUAGCUACACUGGUAAACGCUUUUGGUGAACUGAGAAGUAUGGCUGAUGAUGGUUUGUUAAAUUAUCCGUACUCUACGCGUGAAGUAGUUAAUAUAGUCAAACACUUGGAGAAGUUUCCCAAUGAACCAAUGUCGGAAUUGAUAGGAAAUGUUUUGGAUUUUGAUAAAUAUCAGCCAGAAGCUUUGGAGCAAGUCACACAAGUGCUGGCUAAACAUGGUUUACACAUCGAAGCUUAUGCGAGAAAUGAGUUAUUUGCUUUGAGGAAGAAGAAAGAAAUACAGUUGACAGUGAAUCGUAAAAGUGGUUUGGGUGUCUCAGGUCCGAAAUAUGGCAAAGUAGAUCCAAAGAAUGCGCCGCAUGUUGGCGGUAACACUUGGGCAGGUGGUAGCGGUGGACGUGAUACUGCAGGUUUAGGUGGCAAGGGAGGACCAUUUCGACUUGAUGCCGGGCACAAAGUACAUCAGUUGUCGGAUGAAGAAAAGGAUGAUAUACCGGAAGAAGUUAAACGAGCAGCACGCGAAAUGAAUCGUAAAGCCUUUGAGGAGAAAUUAAAAGAAAUAAAAAUGUCUGCACAUGACCAUAAAAUAUACGCACAGUUCAGUGAACCCAAUCGCAGGCAGGUGCAACAAUUGAAAGCUGUUUUGGAGGCUAUGCAAACGAAAAGCAAGGAAAGACAGUGGCAAAAAUAUCAGACACAUGGUGAAUUAGACGACACACGUUUAAUUGAAGGCAUUACCGGUGAGAAGAAUAUAUAUCGCAAGAGAGGUGAAGCAAAUCCUUGGGCAGAUCAUGUACAGGAAAAACCCAAUCGUUUGAAGUUGGUAGUGGAUGUAUCGGGUUCUAUGUAUAGAUUUAAUAGUUACGAUGGUCGGCUUGAUCGUGAACUUGAAGCUGUUGUUAUGGUUAUGGAGGCGUUUGAAGGUUUUGAAAAGAAAAUUGUUUAUGAUGUUGUGGGCCAUAGCGGCGAGGGUUGGGAAAUACCAUUCAUAAAUGCAGGCAAAGCGCCUAAAACAGAUAAAGAACGCUUUGAGACUAUACGUAUGAUGCAUGCACAUUCACAAUUUUGCUGGUCUGGUGACAGUACGGUAAAAGCCACAAAGGAAGCCAUUAAUAGUUUGACAGAAGAAGAUUAUGAUAACUCUAUUGUGGUUGUUUUAAGCGAUGCAAAUUUAUCACGUUAUGGCAUACAACCCAGAGAUCUUGCAAAGGCUUUGAUGAACGGCGAACCUAAAGUUAAAGGACAUGUCAUAUUCAUUGGCAGCUUAGCUGAAGAAGCUGAAGAUAUUAAUAUACAAAUGCCUGCUGGACAUAGUUAUGUGUGCAUGGAUCUAAGCAAACUGCCACAGAUUUUGAAACAAAUAUUUACAUCAUCGCUUUUGUAAAAAUAAUAACUGAGCUUGUUGAGAAAUGCAGGAACAAUCAAUAGUCAUUAUAGUUAAGAGUCAUUAUUAAUUUCUUCCAUCUGUGAAGUACAAUAACUACAAUCAUCAUCUCUUCCACAUUAUCUUAUCCCUCAUUUGUGAAAUAGUAUCUUUUAUCAUCACGUCCCACAGCUAAGAUCUACCUAAUACGACGUUGGGGGUAGUUUUUAUCCGCUAUCAUCGGUUACUAGUGGAGCCCAAUGAGAGGUCACAUCAAUUAUAAUAACAACCAUAAGGAUAACAGUAACAAUAACAACAUUGGCAAUCUUAUUAUACUCUAUGUGCUUGAAAGAUUUUAAUUUAGACAAUAACUUUCUAUAGAAAGAUAUCGAGUUCAAGUUAUUUAUAGAGAUUUUAAAACUAAAUGAAAGUUAGGUAAAUAUUAUAAAUAGUUAAAUAUUUUAGUGAUUUUUAGCUAGUACUUUGUAUGUUUUUUGUUUUAAUAUAUUUAUGUUUUUCAACCAGAUGUGCAUUUAUAGACGAAUAAACAUAAAC